GAACUACUGUGCUAAGACCUCAAACCUCAGUUGAGAAACGUUAGCGUGGAAGCACACACAAUAGUAAUAAAUUGAUGUGACGUUGUUAUAUUCAAUUAUCCGAGAGAAAACUAUCUGUUAUCGUAACGUUAUAUAUGUAUAUAGAACCGCAUCGCGCGCACAAAUUAAAUGUAACCAUUUGAUUCGUUCUCCGAUGAAUUAAGAUAGAACGCGAUCAAAAUAUUGGCACGGGGAUUAUAAACUCAAGGACAAACAGAAAAGAUUUGAAGAUUUAUACAGAGGAACGCGUGUUCAUUUAUCGUGACUACCGCGAGGGUAGAGGAUUGUAUGCUGAUUCUCCUACGGUGCACACACCGAUUCUACUUGCGGAACAGUCAUGCAGUGUUUGCCGUGACACUAACUGAUUAACAUACACAUUUGAAGAGAGAUCAAGAAUUCUUAUUUGCCAUAAUAUGAGAAUUUAUAUUAGUAAGAGAGAUCGCUUAGUUAGGUGACGAGAGAAGUCGACCUAUAUAACGCGAGAAAUAAAAAUUUUCUAAUUUUGGAAACGUGUCAAACGCGACACAGGUUUGCGAAUAUCGUUAUGUGAAAAUUGUGAAAAAAAGUGAUGCGCGUUGAGAGAUCAAUCUCACAAUCAGUGAUAUUAAUUGAAUAGUGACAUUAAUUGAAUUAAUUGAUAAGCGGCGGGCAAAGAGAUGGGCAAAAAGAAGGAGAUAUUUAAUUGCCGACAGGUUUUAUGGUGCCUGGCCUUUUGUGGUUUCGCCAUUAAUUACAUGCUAAGAUUGAACUUGAACAUCACUAUAGUCGCAAUGGUGAUACCACAACAAAAACCUGCCGCGAUCGCGCAAUGUAACGUAGAGAAUAGCACGUCAUCCGGGAUUAACAACAAAACGUUACGGGAUAACGUCACUUCACCACUUACAAUAUCGUCGCACAAUGUUACGUACGAAGAUCGGUUUUCUUGGAACGAGUACGAACAAGGAUUGGUAUUGGGUGGUUAUUACUGGUUGCACUGGUUGCUGCAACUACCCGGUGGUCUUCUAGCCAGACGAUACGGCACGAAGCUUGUAUUUGGGCUAGGAAAUCUCAUAACGGCUCUCCUAGGAUUUCUCAUUCCUUACAUGACGCAUCUUUACGCGUUUAUAUUGCUUCGAGUGGUGCAAGGACUAGUCGCGGGUGUCAUAUGGCCAUCGAUGCACGACAUGACCGCCAAAUGGAUCCCGCCAAACGAAAGAAGCAGAUUUGUCAGCGCUUAUCUUGGAAGUUCCGUGGGAGCCGCGAUCACUUAUCCUCUGUGUGCAGCUCUUACCACUUCCUUAGGUUGGGGCGCAUCUUUUCACGCGACGUCUUUGCUGGGUCUAAUCUGGUAUUUCUUCUGGCAUUUCCUUGUGUACGAUUCACCGCAGCAACAUCCGCGGAUCUCUGAUGAUGAGAAAAACUAUAUCGUGGAAAAUAUCGCCGAUUCCGUCAACGAGAAAAACAUUCAAAUACCUUGGAAAUCGAUAAUUUUGUCGAAGCAGGUAUGGAUAGGCAUUGUCGCACAUUGGGGCAUGGGUUGGGGCUUCCUGACUCUCAUGACGCAAGCACCGACUUAUUUCACUGUCAUUCACGGAUGGCAUAUCAACACUACUGGCCUCUUAGCAGGAGCACCACACGUGCUCCGAAUGGUCUUCUCGUACUUCUAUUCGAUGAUGAGCGACUGGUUGCUCCGUACAGAACGAAUGAGCUUGACGAACGUCAGAAAAAUGGCCACUUUUGUAUGCACCGGCCUUCAAGGUCUUUUUAUUUUAGUACUCGGAUACAGCGGAUGUCACCCAUUGCUCGCAGUCAUCUUCAUGAUGAUCGGCACUGCGGUAAACGGCGCUGUCUCCGCCUCUACCCUGGCGAUCUUCGUUGAUCUCAGUCCGAAUUACGCUAGCAUCAUCCUCGGAUUCGCUGGUAUGAUUAUUAUAUGGGCUGGUUUUAUCUCACCGGUGAUUGUUGGCACGUUGACUAAUAAUAACCAAACCGUGGAACAGUGGCACUUGGUCUUCAUCAUUGCAGCUGCCAAUUCCAUAGUCGGUUGUAUCAUAUAUAUAUUAUUCGGUAGUUCGAAGGAACAGCCGUGGAAUCAGUACGGCAAAUUGGACAGAAAGGAACAGGAAACGCAGAGAGUAAAAGCCGUGAAAUACGACAUUGAGACUGAAAGUGAUAAUGAAAAAUCAAGCUUUACUGAGGAAAAUUAAUGAAGGACAGAUGUUAGAUAAAAGAAGAAUAGUCUUUGGCUUAAGAACAAUCGUUACGAAAGAACAAAAAGAAUGAAAGAGCAAAAACAUACAUUUACAAUAUUGCAAUGUAAAUAAAUAAUGAACUAUUUGUAAUACAAUACAUUUAUGUGACUUAGAUGCAAAUCGAGCGCUAAACACGUUUUCCAAAUUAAAUUAAUAUUUAUAUAUGUUUAAAUUUUUUGUGAUUUAACGCACUCUGUCUUCGCACGUGUACAAUGUGUAAAUUGCGGUGCGUAAGUUCCGGUAACAAAAUCGACAAGCGUCGUAUCCGAUUAUCUUCUACCACCUGGCCAACACCACGUUCUUUCGCUUUGGACGAAAGAAUAAACCGGAAUUAUCACAGCUUUUGUUCUGCUGUGAAGCAGAGAAUUAAAUAUUUCAUCUUAGUCUACUUUCUCUGGGCAAACAUCGCGCAGCAAUAAUGAAUGUUAUUUAUGGACCCUGCUGCAAUUCACGUGCUAAUCAAUCAUUGCCAUCAGUCGUAUAAAUAAAAGUGCACAGUUAUUUUUCUUUAUCUUUAUAACUCACGUUAAAGAAAAGAUAAAGCUGCUUUUUUUUUCAUAUUACAUCUAACAACGAAGUUGCACAACUGUUAAUCGCACUGAGAUUGUUGCACCUUAGAAUUUAUAGCGCAGAUAUGACGAAUCGUAAGAUAAUUUAAUAAAGUAAUUUUUUUCUUCUAACAUUGUAAUGUAAUAAUUAAUGGGCACUUUCUAGCUUCUAUAUUACCGUACGUAUUAAUACCUAAGCUCGUAUAUCAAGAUCUUGUUUUCAAAAUCUUGAUAAAUUCUUGCCGGAAGACUAAUUCAAGUAUACGCGGACACAGGAUAUGAAACAUACACUUUCUUCCGGAAGCCAUGACGGUUCGACGUUUCACAAUAAGUUUUAAUUAUCUAGAUAAAUUCAAUCUAUUCUAAAAAUGACGAAAGAUUAGUUGAAAUUUACAAGAUAAUUAAACGUCGUAAUUAAAUACUAUGUCGUAUUUUAAUAUGUUCCCAACUCUGUCUGUAUCACGUGUUGAAGGCUUCUAGAGAUAUUAAAAGAUUGCAUUAUGAACUAAAAUCUUUAAAAAUUAUAAUCACAUGAGUGAUUCGCAAAAGCAUAAAAUAUAUUAGCGCUAUUGGUAAUUAUUCGCAAAUGUCUAAUACGUAUAGUAGUAUACAGUACAGAUAUAUAGAAAACACAGACUAUGCGACUAGACUAUCGAAAACGUGUGAUAAUAACGCAAAUACAAAUGCGCAAUUGGAAGCUCGAAGCUAUUUCUAUAAGCCUCGAUUAAUAUAAUAAAGAAAUAUCGUCUCAAUCAUUUUUAUAAUACAAUUAAGAUUUAGGCCUAAAAUAUAGGAAUCUGUCAUCAGGUAAGUUAAUCAAGUAAGUUUUAUAAUCUAAAAUUUCAUAAUGUAACGUAAACUCUCGCGCGCAUAAAUACACUCGAAAAAAAAGAAAAGAUUUUAUAUUAACUAUUUUGUGUAUUUUUGUUCUAUAUACGCAUAUAUAGAUUCUAUAUUUCUUUACGUAUCUGUAUGUGUGUAUAUCAUAUCAUAAUUAUUUUCUAAAUUUGAUAAAGUUUCAAAUGUGUGCUUCUAACGCAACAAGUGACUGCAUUUAGCGCGUUUGUGUUAAUUCUUUAGAUCCUUCUAUCAUUUAAUAAUUUUAUUCAGUGCUCUCGCUACACAUAAGCAAAGUAAAUGUUUGAAUUAAGGCUAUACAGAGUGCGGCAGGACAAGUGGUGCCAGGAAUAAAAGUUUUUCGUGAUGCUAAUUGUUUGGGUUUUGAAAAAAUUAAUUUUCAUAUUUCAGAACUUAAAUUUAAACUAUUACAUUUUUUCUGUUACGCUCAAACAAUUAAGCGCGCAAUAAAAAGUAAACAAAUUAUGAUAUAAAGUUUUCAGUUUUGAGAAAAUCGAUUUCCUCGAAAACCAAGUCUCACACGAAAAAGUUCCAUUCUUUACAUUUUCAACCUUUUUUUCUUAACAAAGAAAGAAAGAAUUAUCUUUCUUCCCAGUUAUUACCACUAAUACUGCCGCAUCUGUAUGUGUAAUAAGAAACUUCAUAAAUUUGUGUGUAACUUAUAUAUAAUAUAUAAUACAUAUAUUAAACAUAUGUGAAAUUAUUUCUAUAUAUUGAUACGAAAAUAAACUGAUAGGAAUAUCUGUAAAAGAUAUAGAGAAAUAAUAAAUAAAUAAAUAGAUAUAAAUAUACUUUACUUAUGCCUGUUUUAAGAUAGUUAGAAUUAAAUGUUCUUAAUUACUCACUCUUGAUUUUUUUGUUAAUAUUUUAAGAUUUUUUCCAGCAGUAACAGCAUCUAGUAUACAUGUGUAUAAUAUAUUUCUUUUUUUUUAAAUCCAUCUUUUUUAAAAUUUCAUAUUUAGAUAUUAA